UGAGGAGCAAAUGUUACCCUUUGAUAAACCCCUUCUGGCAUGAGAAUGCAAACAUCACUGAUUCACAUAGACAGCUUUUGUACAUGCACGGAACAUUUGUCAUCCUGAUGCCCCUCAGCCUGAUAUUGAUGAUUUUUGGAGGAAUGGCUGGAUUCAUCAGUAUUCUUGCCAGGGCCUACCUACUGCUUCUAAUGACAGGACUACUUUUUCUUUUUGGAGCUCUUGUUACACUUACUGGGAUCAGUGUCUAUAUUGCAUAUUCAGCUGCUGCCUUCGAAGAAGCUGUCUGCCUCCUGAGGAGUAAGGAUCUCCUGGUAGAAAUCGACAUCAGGUUUGGCUGGUCGCUGGUGCUAGUCUGGAUCUCCUUUGUCGCAGAAGUGCUCACCGGGGCUGUGUUUCUUCUGGCAGCAAGAGUUGUGGGUCUGAAACGGCGACGUGAACAGGCAUUAUGA